AUGAACUUGUUUGAUUACAUCUCAAGCGAUCUACCGUCUUAGUAAAAGACCUAGCUCUACCAGGAAAAGUCAGUCUGCCUUUGUCUUUUUAGAGUUAUAUUUGACCAGGUAGAACAACAACUUAUCUACAGAAUCAUUUUUAUGGAUCAAAACUUCACUAUAUAAGAUAUUCAAGAAAUGCUGCAUAUAAAACCAAAAGCUAUUCCAGGGAUGAAUCCCUCUCCAGAGGAAAUGAAAGAAGCAAAGAAGCAACAUGAGGAUCUAAGCGAAAAAUUUAUCAAGAAACUGCAGAAAUUUGAAUUAGCUGUCGAAAUAGAAACUUAAGGAAUGUCAACACCUGGUCUGGGAAGAAACCCCAGGACGCCUUCGUUGCAACAGAAUGUAAGCAGGCAAUCAGAUAUCAUGGGAGGAAAUACACCUAUAUUAAGUUAAAUGACAAGCGGCAUCUAUGAAACCGAGAAAGACAUAUAGAACAAGAGGCAAUACAAGUUAAAGCCAGAAUUUCAGUUUGAACUGACUAAUCUCAUAGAGAAAAAAUCCUCAAGCAAAAUACAAGAGGAGGAAAAAUAAUAAGUUGAAAAGUGGGAAAAUCAAGCUAGAUAUAUAGAGUUUGAUGUAAGAAUAUCUUAGUAUCAAUUGACUGUCAACGGAUUCCAGUACAUUUUGAUGGACACACCCUCACAAGUCCAGAAUAUACUCCUGAACUAUAUCCAAACUGCCCAGCAGUCUGGAAGAGAUGUAUACUACAAGUUGAGAGAAAAGAGAGAGAAUAUCUUAUAGAUACUAAGUGAUUUCAAGGAAAUCGGAUUAAUAGGUACUAGUUCUAAAGGGUCCUAAAACUUACCACCUUUAGGAAUGUCGAUAGGAAGAAAGCAGAAGUUUUUCAUUACUUCUCUUCUUCAAUCAUUCUUGCAAUCAUAAACGGGGCAGAAUUUAAAGAUAGUGGAGUAAAGCACCAGCCUUGUAGACUAGUAGAAGCAACAAAUUUUGGACAAAUUCAUCAUAGUAGAGACCAACUUUAAGGUUUUUGCUUAUACUAGUUCAGAUCUCUACAGGCAGCUACUUAAGUAAUUCAUCAGAGUUGAGUGUUUCUUUCCUAAUCUUGUUGUGGGAACUCUGACAAGGAAGAGUCUACAAAAAGCUUACCAAAGAGGGAUUUCAUCAUAACAGAUUUUACAUUUUUUGGAAACUCAUACUCAUAUCACUGCAAGAAUGAAUAAAAUGGCUCAGUAAUAAUCGAAUAUGUCCGCUUAGACUUAUGAAUAUUCUUAAAGUAGACAGGCCACAACUUAAGGAACUGAAGAUGCCAAGAAUAUGCCGAUUGCUGAUUUGUUUGGCUUGAGCAGCUCGAGAUCAGCUAGACUAUAAGCAGCUAAUAAAGACAGUUAUAAUUAUAUUCCUCCUAAUGUUAGAUAGUAAAUUGAGCUUUGGGAGAAAGAGCUUAAAUCUUUGUCAUCAAAGCCAGGGCUUCUGAUUGAAUUUGAUUCCAAAGAUAGGUAUAAUAGCUUUAUCGAAUAUGCCAAGUAAAAAAAGAUAUUGAUUUAUAAGAUAUUAGAGAAAGAAUUUCAGCAAAAGAAAGAAUACUUAGUUAUUGUUGAUGUCCAAAAUGAGAAAGAGGCCUAUGAAUUUACUUUUAUGUGA